UCUGUCAGGCUUUUGGAGCUCUGAAUCGCAGCAUGCAGCUUAGGUCCAGCUUUGUCAGGGGGCUGGCUCGCAUAACGCUAGGGGGGUGGUGGUAGAAGACAGCGGCGCCAUGCUUAGCUUCAGGUGAAUCUCUCAUGAUUCUCUCAUUCCUGCGGCGUUGACGUCCUGGAAAAUUUCUCGGGAAACGUUUCUGGUGGAUUCUUAUGGAGGAAAGACUAUUCGUUGUCACUUCUGAGGAGGAAUAAGACGGGGGAGUUUUGUUGUGGCUGAGAGCAGCUUGUAGAGGUCAAUAGUGUGACAUUGGAGCUCGGCAAUGCACAGCUUGAUUGCAUACCAGCUUCUCCUAAACAUCUUUUUUAUGUUGUAAUGGAGAUGGUCGACGAGCGAGAUGAUAAAUCGGCCGGUGCGUGAAUUCUCUGCGGUUGUAGACUUACGUUGUCCAUGGGAAUAAGAAUCUGUGAGACCUGGACAAAUACAGCCGAGUUUACGGAGGGAGCUGGGAGGUGAAGCCAAUCUAAAUGCAGUUUCUCUGAGGUUCGAAUUUCGUCUCAACUUCCAGUACUGCCGUACGUGCUAGGCCUUGAGCCCGCUAUGCUGAAGUGAGGAUGGAAAGUACGCACGAGCACCCGUCAUUUAUACGAUUAAUUCGAUGGUUGGUUUGGGUGUCCGUGCUUGUGUCCGCUUCCGCCAAGCAUGAUUCAUGUUCUAAUAGCAAGAAGAGCUGUGCGAAAAAUGAUGGCGAUGAUGGCAUACUUGUGGUUGAAGUGGAAGGCAGUGCUAUUCUGGCUACAACAGACGAGGCAUUUAUAUGUGCUACGUUGGACUGGUGGCCUCCUGACAAAUGUGACUAUGGAACUUGUUCCUGGGGUCAAUCAUCACUCCUUAACCUUGAUCUCGCUAAUCCAUUGCUAGAGAAGUCUCUCAAAGCUUUACAACCUUUCCGAAUCCGGCUAGGAGGAACUUUGCAAGAUCACAUUGUCUACGACAUAGGAUUAAGUCCUUCACAGUCAUGCCUGCCCAUAGUGAAAGACGGAACAGACAUGUUUGGAUUUCGGGAAGGUUGUUUGUCGAUGGAGCGAUGGAUUGCUCUCAACACGCUAUUCUCUAAAACCGGAUCCCUCGCCGUUUUUGGACUUAAUGCUUUGAUCAAUCGCCCUCAAGUAGGAGGUGUAUGGGGUCCUUGGGAUUCAUCAAACGCACGAGAUUUCAUCAAAUUUACAAUUGACCAAGACAUUCAAGUAGACGCAUGGGAAUUGGGAAAUGAGCUCACUGCAAAUGGUGUUGGCACUUCCAUUUCUGCUGAGCAGUAUGCGCGAGAUGUGAUGGAGCUUCGUUUGAUAAUAGACUCUCUUUAUGAAGGUUUUACUCGGCGGCCUCUGCUGGUUGCCCCGGAUGGAUUCUUCAAUCCUCAGUGGUUCACCAGAUUCCUCAAUGCGUCAGGUCCUGGUGUCGUGGACGUAGUCACGCGUCACAUUUACAAUCUUGGGCCAGGGGUUAGCAACGAUCUGGUCGAAAAGAUACUCAAUUCUACCUACUUGGACAACGAAUUAGGUCACUUUCGUGCAGUCCAGGAGAUUCUUCAAACCUCGGCUACGUCGGCAUCAGCUUGGGUGGGUGAAGCAGGUGGAGCAUAUAAUAGCGGCCAUCAUCUUGUAACUGAUGCUUUUGUUUUCAGCUUCUGGUACUUGGAUCAAUUAGGGAUGGCUGCAUCUUUCAAUAACAAGGUUUACUGCCGUCAGAGUCUGAUCGGCGGUAAUUAUGGUCUGCUCAACACCACUUCUUAUAAACCUAAUCCAGAUAUGUACAGUGCACUUUUAUGGAAGCGUUUGAUGGGAACAAAAGUCUUAGGAACGACUUUAAAAGGAUAUCCUCAAUUGAGAACGUACACACAUUGCCAGCAAGGCUCCACGGAUGGUGUUACGAUGAUGCUGAUUAAUUUAUCGAAUUCCACGGUGAACGUGAUAGCCAACCUCCUAUCACAUCCAAAGAAUAAACCAUUGUCACAUGGUGAAAAGAAAUUAAAGUAUCAACUUAUACCAAAAACAUCCAAAGGUUCAAGACCUGAUUUGGUGAGAUUCGAAUAUCAUUUAUCGGCUCCACAGCAAGAUCUUCAUAGUCAAACUACUUUGCUGAACGGAGUGCCUCUUGAGCUGACUUCGACUGGGGAUUUUCCCAGCAUGGAUCCUGUUGUGAAGGAGAAUUCCUCCCCUGUUUCAAUUCCGCCACUCUCUAUCGUCUUCGUAGUUCUGUCAGAUGCAAAGGUUUCAAUUUGCUCUACACAACAAAGGGGGUGACGCAGGCGCAGAAUCCUCGACAUUUUCUCCUGGCCCCUGUCCCCACUUCACCCUUCACUCUAACUAGGUGUUUUUUGUCUUCUAUUCAUAUUCUAUUAUUAUCUCCCCCCAGUUAAUCGAGUUCAAUUAUGAAGCAACUAUUCAGUAUAUGGUAGAAUUAUUCUUUAGAAUAUUUGAAGGUUGUAUUCCAUUAUUACGACUUAGUUCUGAUAGUCCUGAGCCGCAGAGUGAUAUCAUUGCCGAUUAAUUUGACAGAACAAGUGGAGCAUAGUGCUCAAUUACAUUGAAACAUGAGAAAAUUUGCAUUUGAAAAAAGCUUCGUUGGCUA